AUGGCGGCCUCUGUUUCCGGCAUGGGCCCACUCGGGCCCUGUGCUCUGGGCCUUCUGCUGCUGUUCCUGGUGGUGCCACCUCCCCGGGUCGCAGCCUCGGUCCACAGACACCCAGAGAACCAGGGAAUCUCCCUGACUGGCAGCGUGGCCUGUGGUCGGCCCAGCAUGGAGGGGAAGAUCCUGGGCGGUGUCCCUGCGCCGGAGAGGAAGUGGCCGUGGCAGGUCAGCGUGCACUACGCGGGCCUGCACAUCUGCGGCGGCUCCAUCCUCAAUGAGUACUGGGUGCUGUCGGCUGCCCACUGCUUUCGCCGGGACAAGAAUAUCAAAAUUUAUGACAUGUAUGUAGGCCUUGUAAACCUCAGGGUGGCCGGCAACCAUACCCAGUGGUAUGAGGUGAACAGGGUGAUCCUGCACCCCACAUAUGAGGUGUACCACCCCGUCGGAGGUGACGUGGCCCUGGUGCAGCUGAAGACCCGCAUUGUGUUUUCUGACUCCGUGCUCCCGGUCUGCCUUGCAACUCCAGAAGUCAACCUUACCAGUGCCAAUUGCUGGGCUACAGGAUGGGGACUAGUCUCACAACAAGGUGAGACCUCAGACGAGCUGCAGGAGGUGCAGCUUCCGCUGAUCCCGGAGCCCUGGUGCCGCCUGCUCUACGGACACCUGUCCUACAUCAUGCCCGACAUGCUGUGUGCUGGGGACAUCCUGAACGUUAAGACCGUGUGUGAGGGCGACUCCGGGGGCCCACUUGUGUGUGAAUUCAACCGCAGCUGGUUGCAGAUUGGAAUUGUGAGCUGGGGCCGAGGCUGCACCAACCCUCUGUACCCUGGAGUGUAUACCAGUGUUUCCUAUUUCUCAGAAUGGAUAUGUUAUAAUAUAGAAAUCACACCCACUCCUCCUCAGCCAGCCCCUGCUCUCUCUCCAGCUCUGGGGGCCACUCUCAGUGUCCUUGUGGCCAUGAUGGCUGGCUGGUCAGUGCUGUGA